AUGGACUUCCCUUUUGAGCAUCUCGAUUAUGUUGAUCCUGCUUUUGAUGGCGACCGCUUCGUGAUCUCUGAUUCGGAGGUCCAAUUGUAUAGCGGUAUGCCUGAGUCAUAUGGUGCGAAAUCACAGGACACAUAUACGGGUAUGCGCCACGAUUACAACCAGACUUUUGGCAACUUCAACUACAUUGCGGCCAAGGACUCGGCUACUCUAUUUGGCAAUCCUUCGAGUACUACAUUGACACCAAUGCUGUCGAAUAUGUCGCAGGCCUCUAUUUCUUCCUCAAUCUUUUCCGAUAACGAAGAAGACGCGUAUAUGGAUCGACCAAACUUACAGAUCCCGGACACUCAGGACUUCUUGGAGUUAUUUGAUGAUGAUGAUGAUGAUUCCUAUAGCUCUUUCUCAGACACCUCAAGUGCACCACCAGAGCCGUCCUUUGAAGCCGAACAAUUGCAAAUGCCGGAAAUAAUAAUUACCGACAGAGGUGCGACGUCAAAAGAAACAACAAGAGUACCCAGGAGAAAGAUCUCUUUGUCGAUGCAUAAUUCCCCGCAGUCUGACGACUACUCACAGGAUGGAGAUGCAGACGAUGACUGCGGCUCGGAUGCCGAGUUCACGCUAUCAAGACCAAAAGUCAAGCGUCCCAAACCACGCGCAGUUUCGAUGUCUGCCAAGAACACAUCCAGGACUUUCCCGGAAUCUGUUUUUACGCCGGAAUGCUCAUACGAUUGCAGCGUUUGUGGUAAAGUCUUCAGCAAACCCUACAACUUGAGAAGUCAUAAGAAAACGCACACAAACCUAAGACCCUUCGUUUGUUCAUUGUGUGGAAAGACCUUUGCAAGACAACAUGAUCGAAAACGACAUGAAGAUCUCCAUUCUGGUGAAAAACGGUUCCAAUGUACCGGUUCCCUCUCAGAAGACAAACAGGGAUCCGAAACAGCCUGGGGAUGUGGUCGUCGUUUUGCGCGAACAGAUGCCCUCAGAAGACAUCUUCAAACGGAGUCGGGAAAGAGAUGCGUUCAACCAUACGUGGAAUACGUUUUGGGCACUAAUCCCACUCUCGCAUCUGCUGCGGCUGCAGAGGACCACCUGAAACCGAAACUGUUUCCGCUAGACAUUUCAUCGGAAAUGUAUUCUUUGGUUCUGGAUCGCAUCAUCUUGACUCAAUCGGCUAACAUGUCAUAG